AUGAGUGACGGAAUCAGCGAAAUCCGUUUGACUGUGAUCCUGGCUCAGUUGACAUCCCGAAUGAAAAUAAGAUGUGCCCUGUUCCAUAAAUUGACACAGAGGUGCUUCCUGUUGUCCCUGGCCCUGCUGCUGCUGUGUCUGCUGAAGCUGUUCUAUGCUAAAGUAACUCUGAGGAACAGUUUCUACAUCGAGCCCUAUGGAAUCACAGACCGCUCCUCACAGAACUCCAAACACCAGUACAACAUCAACUGCACUGCCAUCUACCAACUGGACCCUGUGGAGGUAGGGAAGUCAUUGGAGAUCAGACGCAAAGUCAUUGUGGACUUGGAGGAUGACCGCCUCGUGUCUUUAACCUCAGACUGUGAGAGGUACAUCGAGACGAGAGGAUAUGACGUCAUCCCAGUGUCGGAAGAGGAGCGGGGGUUCCCGCUGGCGUACUCCUUGGUGGUGCAUAAGAACGCUGCCAUGGUCGAGAGGAUCUUCAGGGCCACCUACGCCCCUCACAACCUCUACUGCAUUCACUAUGACCAGAAGUCCUCUCAGAGCUUCAUAGCGGCCAUGAUGAACUUGGCUCACUGCUUCCCCAACCUCUUCCUAGCCUCCAAGCUGGAGUCAGUGCAGUACGCCCACAUCACACGGCUUAACGCCGACCUCAACUGCCUCAACGACCUGUUAGAAAGGUCAGAGGUCAAGUGGAAGUAUGUCAUCAACCUCUGCGGCCAGGACUUCCCCCUCAGGUCGAACGGUGAGCUGGUGUCGGAGCUGCAGGCUCUGAACGGUGCCAACAUGCUGGAGACCUCCCGUCCCAGCGAGCUGAAGAAACAGCGCUUCCGUUUCCAGCACCAGCUGAAGGAUGUGCCCUACGAGUACCGCCGCUUACCCGUCCGAACCACCCAGGCCAAGGCGCCGCCGCCGCACGGCAUUGAGAUGUUCAUCGGCAGCGCCUACUUCGUCUUGUCCCGUGACUUUGUCCAUUACGUCGAAACCAGCCGGGUGGCGAGGGACUUCCUGGAAUGGUCAGCUGACACUUACUCUCCGGAUGAACACUUCUGGGCGACGUUGACGAGAAUCCCCGGUGUACCGGGAGAGAUCUCCCGGUCUGCCCCAGAUGUAACAGACUUGAAGAGUAAGACACGUCUGGUGAAAUGGAAUUAUCUGGAAGGGUCUCUGUACCCUCCCUGCACUGGGACUCACAUGAGGAGUGUCUGUAUAUAUGGGGCUGCAGAGCUGCGAUGGUUGCUAAACUAUGGCCACUGGUUCGCUAACAAGUUUGACCCCAAAGUUGACCCGGUGCUUAUCAAGUGCUUGGAGGAGAAAUUGGAUGAGAAACGUAGGCAAUGGGAAAACACGGUGCAGAAUUGAAAAGGAAAAACUACUGUAAAUUAAAUGGGAGAAUCAGUUCAUUUGUUGGUUUAUAUGGAAGAUUUACCCAGCCUGCAGAUGAGGUACUUUGUUCCUCUAUCAACUAACUGCAAGGAAUAAGUCAAAUUCUGCAGUAGCAGGAUUUUCUUGUUUUACAAAAAAUAACUUUUUAUGUCUAUUGAAUACGAGUUCAAACUAGUUGAACCCCACUGAAAAUGAAGUGUUGAAGUUCAAUUGAACUGUUCGAAUAAAAGGCGUCGCCCAACUGUUCUUUAAUGAUGUCCAAGAUGGGUCUUUCAGAGGAUAGUGAAACAAGACGAUCAAUGGCCAAAAUAUCUACACUGCUUGUUCUGUCACGGAUAUCGCAAAGAACUUGUCACAUGUUGCAAUAACACCUAAUGGAAUGUCUCAUCUUGAUACCAGAUCCAAUGAGAAAUGCAUGUAGAUUGAAUAGACGGUCAUUUAUGUUAUUCUCUAAGAUGUUGUCACGUAGGUAAAAUGUUAAACUCUUUACCAAACCAACAAUACCAAAGACACUCAACUGUAACAAAACGGCACAUCAAAGCUGGAUGUCAGGUUUU